AGGUUUGAGGAACUCUGGGAUAGAUAUUUGGUAAUGCUGUACGUGUCAUUACAGAAUAAAAUUUCAUUAAAAUCAGCAUUUAAAAUUAUAAAUUGACUUGAUAAAUUUAAGCCACUUAUAAUGCCUUAUUGUGCAUCUUGGGAGGAAUUUGCAAAAGGUGCGGAAAGGCUCUAUAUUAUGGACCCGAUGAAAGUCCGAUAUACAAUGAAGUACAACCACAAUAAGGGGAAACUAGUUAUAAAAAUCACUGAUGAUGUUUCGUGUGUUAUGUACAUGGCUGAACAUACCCAAGAUGUUAAAAAGGUCGAGAAACUUACUAGUCAACUAAUGAGACAUAUGGCUUCAAAAGAAAAAUAACUCUGUGAUCAAUUUUCCUAAUAGACACCAUACCAGAAAAAAAAACUGGUACUUUUGUACAUAAUUUUCAUAGACAUUUUGUAAUAAAACUCAUUUCUAAAAGUUUACUUAAUUUCAUAAGAACGUGUUGAAUAC